UCCUUUUCUAGUUUUUGCCUCAUGUGGGAAUGCCAGUAAAAAUUUAAAAAACUGAGUGUUUUCUCAAACAAGCUCUUGGCACAACAUUCCAUGUUUAUUCAGCCGCCGUGGAUCAAGUGGCGAGGCCAGAAGAGAUUAAGGUUAGACUCAAUUUGAAGGAAAAAAUUCUUUUUAUCGAACUGAAAUGACAAAGAAUAGCGUUGGAUACAAUUAGCAAGACCACCUGGGAAGGGAAUUGUGUCUGAAAAACAAAACGCAUUUUGGAGCUGUUGGUAAAAAGAGCUAUUAUCACAGGUGAAGCCGUCUACAACAUCAACUCAUCUUAACCUGAAGAAAUGAUAGUUACUGUCGACUGCACUUGUAAAUGGCUGGCAAGAGUAGCGUUUAUUGUAGUCCUGUCCACUCAAGCAAUACUCUUGGAUAGUUAUUUGGUCGUUUAUUUGAAGAAAUCAUCAGCGCAUGCUUAUAUAGUGACUUAUAUACCAGCAGUUAUCCUGUGGAUUCGAGGGCAGAUCAGUAAUAAAGGCCGUACAGUAGCUGCGGCUGUGUGGUUCCUGUACAUUCUCCCUCUCGCCGGUAUCAUUGGAUGGAUUUUUGAUCAACUUCUACAGAAAAUCGACAAAAAUUCCGCAAUGGAUCAGGGCUUUUUAAAAAACAUUAUUGCGAUGGCAGCUAUGGUUUACUUGUUACUAGACACACAUACUUAUUGUCCAAAGCUUUUUCUGGAUAUAAAUUGGGUGAAGGCAUUCGAUAUUGUGGACUCCGCAGAUUUCGUGGGAAUUCUUCUUACAAAUAACAGUGCUUCUAUUCCAGGUUCUUUUAAAAGAGGGGUAGUAUCUUUUGCUUUGAUAAGUCUGUUGAUAACGACCAUUUCUCUAGUAGCUUUUCAACGCGGCGAGACUGAUAACGAAGACGAUGUUAUCAGUACAAGAGCGAGCAUGCCACUGGAAAUAACGAGACUGCUCUUACAAAUUCUGCUUGUGAAUUUUCCCUUUUUCGCAUUAAGGGUGUUCCUCUGGCACGAAUAUAAAGUUGAGCUGACAGUUUUUGCAUUCAAAAACGUGUUAAUGACAAUAGUUGAUCUGAUAAAGAUUGCAGGACAAGGUUGUGAGAGUCGAGCAUUAGCAACAGCAGACACAGACGAGGCUGUAAGUACAGCUGGCUCGAGGCGAUCGAGAAAAAACAGUAACAUCUUAAUAGAUUUGUAACAAUGUCACGAUUUUUAACUUUAACAAUUUUCAAGAAAUUUGCAAGCUGGAUACCGUUAGUAGGUCACGUGACAAAUCACGUGAAUGUAUCAGAGAUUAAUUGAAAUAUCGAUAUUUCGUACCAAACCUCGUAUCUAUCAAUUCAAAAAGAUACCCAUUAUAACCAAGACAAGCUCAAGUCUGCUGCAAGUAUUAGAAAUAGCGAUUUGCAAUGCAUGUGGUGUAUGCAUUGGUAUAAGUCAAAGGAAUGCAACUUAAUGUUUGGGCCAGUGUGAACACUGAUAAUUAAAGUUAAUAACUACUUAUUUAGCUGAGCACAAGGUCUGUACAAAGAAAUAUCAGACUGAGGUCAUAAAUGUAUGGACCAAGCCAUAGGCUAGGUCAAUGCAGAAAAGACCAUAGUGUAAUAUUCUGCCCCAUCUAUUGUUAAUAUUAAGGUAUGCAAAGGCAGCUCUGGCCUGGAACAAAUCCUGGCCAGAGAGCGAUAAAUGGGACAGAAUGUGGAUCAAC